AGUGCGAGUUUUGGAAAGAAUAUAUACAUUUUGUUGGUUUCCUGUAGGAAAAAUAAAUAAAAACGUCAGACCUUAGCGUCUGUUAAUCAGUACCUCGUGAUUUAGAACUGUUACUAAAGUCGAAUACUUAAUUUUGUUUGCUACCUCAAAUGACCUUUGGCAGACUUUCAGCCAAAGAUGGUGUAACACAGGCAGGAGCGUGAACGUUAUUUUGUUGUCCAAGCUAAAGAUGAGGGGAAACUUUAAGAUAUUUUGUCUCAGUGGGCUUCUUAUUGUUUUCUCAUAUAACACAGCUGGUCAAACGUGCAGGGGACGCUGUGGAGAUGUACUGGAGAAGUGCUCCUGCCAUGAUACCUGUAUGUCUUUGAUGAGCUGCUGUGCAGACUACAAUCAGUCCUGUUUCCAGGUGAUCCCUUAUUCCAGCUCCAUGCUGGGCGGAAAAGCGCUCAGGAUCCUCGGAUUGGACCUUCAUCCCCAUGGGCAGCUUCUCUGCAGGUUUAAAGGUGAAAUUUUACGUGAUGGAUUUAUUGAUGCUGAGGGCCGUGCAUACUGUAUUUCUCCUCUAUUGUAUGAGACAGGUUGGAUACCAUUUGAUGUCUCAACAGAUGGUAUUAAGUUUGACAGAUCUGCACAGUAUUUCUCAGUCCAUCCAAGUAAAGCAGAUCCUGCUUAUAAAGUUACCCUGGGGAAUGCAACGCAGUGGCAAUACUACGGCAUGCCGAAUGUGGCAGGACGACUUGAGUUCACUUGGAAUAGUUCUUUGAUCAGUGCAGAGAAGGUCAACAUAGAGCUGUGGGGUUACAGAGAGUUUAAAGCAAAAGAAGAGACAAAUGCAUCAGCCCUUUUAGAGGCAGAGCUGCGGUAUCUGUAUUCUCUUGGAAGAAAUCUGACCAACACUGGUGCCUUCAGCUUCAUCCCUGAGCCCAAAGAGGACUACUCUGACUGGGAGUUGGGCAAUAUCCGCAUUACUGCGAGUUCUAACGUGGAAGGAGCAAGAGAUGUACAAGGCCUCUGGAGUGGAGGCUACGUGUUGGCCUGGCACCUGGAGCAGGCUUUCAGAGAAAACUCUGCAGCCUGGGCACACAAUAAGUGUCUGAAAUGGGAUGUGCUGGAGGAAAACCUGCCAAACUUCCUGAAUGAACUCAUCGACUGUCCUUGCACACUGGCUCAGGCCCGAGCAGAUACAGGCAGGUUUCAUACUGAUUAUAGUUGUGACAUUGAGAGGGGAAGUGUGUGCACUUACCACCCAGGUUGUGUCCACUGUGUCCGAGCAAUUCAUGCCAGUCCUAUCCAUGGAUCAGGGCAGCAGUGCUGCUAUGACAGCACAGGUUCUCUGGUGCUGACUGGAGACUCAGUUGGUGGAAGCACCCCAGACAGGGCUCACGACUGGGGCUCGCCACCCUACAUUAAACCCCCACGGGUGCCAGGGUAUUCCCACUGGCUUUAUGAUGUCAUGAGCUUCUAUUAUUGCUGCCUGUGGUCCCCACACUGCCAUAUAUACUUAAAACGUCGACCUUCAAGUGGGUGUCAAAACUACCGACCACCAAGAGCAGGUGUCGUCCUCGGGGAUCCACAUUUCAUAACGUUCGAUGGCCUUAGGUACACUUUCAAUGGCAAAGGAGAAUAUUACCUUGUGUCGUCACCAGCAAAAGGCCUGAGUGUUCAGGCCAGAACAGAACAGGUGAAACUUAAGAACGGUACUUUGGCCAAAGCCACACGGCUGUCGUCAGUGGCUAUGAAACAGGAUGCAUCAGAUGUCAUUGAGGUGCGUGUAGCAGGGGCCCAUCUUCAGGUGCUGAGGAACCAAAACAUCCUACCAUUCACUGAACAGAGAUGGAUGGACCUACAUGGAGUGUAUGUGUUCAGCCCCAGUCCUGGGAAUGUGACUGUAAUCUUUUCCUCCGGUGUUGGCGUGAAGGUUCGUCUGUAUGAAGGAACCAUGGCAGUGACCGUGCUGCUUCCAGGAGAGUUUUACAACCACACCCAGGGUCUCCUUGGCUCAAUGAACUCUGACCCAUCAGAUGAUCUGACCAUCCAACUCGGAGAAGUCAUCUCCUCAGCUGAUGCCACGUUGGAAGAAAUCUUUACCUUUGGGGCCAGCUGGAACAUUUCAAAGAAAUCCUCCCUUUUCACAUAUGAUUCAGAGCACCUUUUGGAUAUGUAUAAUAUCCCACCGAGCCAUGACCCCACUUUUGUUCCAGCUUUUUCUCUACCCGAGAGCCUUGAUGACCCUUUGGUGGCAGACAUGUUGACAAUGUGUUAUGGAGAAGGUUCACAGUUUUGUAAAUAUGAUACCCUGACGACUCGGGACCUCACAGUGGGAAAUGCCACACUCAAGGCCUACCAGAAACACCAAGCCCUACUGCACGCCCUGAAACCAGUGGUGUCUUGUGGCUGGCUUCCCACACCAAGGAAUGGGAGGAAGAACGGGACUGAUUACCUGGAGGGGAGCACUCUAAGCUUCGCCUGCAACAAAGGCUACAUAAUGUAUGGAUCUGCAGAGCGCACCUGUCUGGGUGAUGGGACCUGGACAGGAGAUCAGCCCUUCUGUAUUACAGAGUGUUACACUGCCAACGGAGAAGACUACAGGGGCUUCCAGAACCAGACCAGCCUGCAUGGGGGUAAACCUUGCCUUUUCUGGAAUGAGACCUUCCAGCACCCUUACAACACCCUCAAAUACCCGAAUGGAGAAGGAGGUCUGGGCAGCCAUAACUACUGCAGGAAUCCUGAUGGGGAUGUUCAGCCGUGGUGCUACAUUGCAGAUCAUGAGGACGGGAUCUACUGGAGAUACUGUGACAUCCCUACAUGCCAGAUGCCUGGAAACUUGGGGUGCUUCAGAGACAGUGGUGACCCCCCCACCCUGACUGGUGCCAGUGAGACCUCCAACAAACUCACUAUCCAAAACUGUAUCAGCUUCUGCAGGAAGCAAAGAUACAAGCUUGCUGGUAUGGAGUCAGGAUAUGCCUGUUUCUGUGGCAACGAUGUGGACCUACAGAAACGUGGGGAGUCACCUAGCAUGGAGUGUAACCAUGUUUGCUUCGGUGACCACACUCAGCCCUGCGGCGGAGACGGCUGGGUCAUCAUAUUCAGCACCCGAGUGGGGGCCUGUGGUGGGAACUACACUUCUCCAUCAGGAGUGAUCUACUCCCCUGACUUCCCUGACAAAUACGGGGCUGGGCGUGUUUGCUACUGGACUAUCCAGGUCCCUGGAUCUUCGGCCAUCCUCUUCAAUUUCACCUUCUUUGACAUCUCCGACCAGACCGACAUGGUGGAGCUAUUGGAUGGCUACACAAAUCAAGUGGUGGCCCGCUUCGACUGGCGAAGCCCUCCGCGGGAUCUGGUAAACAUCACGGGCGACUUUGUCAUACUGUACUUCUACUCUGACCGAACCAACCAGGCCAAGGGAUUUGCUCUUCUUUACCAAGCACUCCGAAGCCAGGACACUAGAACAAUAGAGUCUGAAGGAGCGCUUCAAAGCCAGGACACCAGAACAAUAGAGUCUGAACGAGAUGACGAGGAGGAAAACGAAGACGUGUCUAGCACAGCAGGGCCCCAGCUGGCUGGCGGAGUCACAGAGAAAUCUAACGGUACGACGAAUGGACGUUCGUCCCAGAUCCUCUACGUGAUCACGUCCAGCCCCGGUAAACCGGAGCACAACAUGCCAGGUCAGUGGGCUGGACGCGGCGAGACCACCGGCCACAGCGCUAUGUGGACCAUCUACGCUUUAGCAGCUCUCCUCAUACUGACUGUCAUCGCCAUGGUAGCAAAGCUGCUGCUGCACGUCACAGUCAAGUCUCCAAACAUCCCAACCGUCAGUGGUUCAGACACCUGCAGCCAGAGCACAGCGUCUUCUGAGCCUUGGAUCAUCCUGUACCGCCCCUCUACCAUCUCCCUGUUCAAGAAGAAGCUAAAGAACCACCACGGUGACCUCAGCCCCCUGGUGGGCAACUAGUGCUCCUGCUGCGUCCUGCCAUCUAACCAAACAGUACCGCCACCCGCCACUAUUCUGUUCAAGGGCCGUCAGAUGCCAGGCCCUCAGACAAUGAAACUCUUUGAGGCGCUAAGCAAACAAGCCAACAACUGAGUGGCUAAUGACAACUGACUGAGUGAAUGCUACUAAAUGGUCUGUGUGCCAAAGUGGCCACGCCCUCCUAACCUGCUCAGCACCGAAGAGGAGCGGGAGGGCAGGCAGGACUGUAAGACUCCACUCUUGGAGAGGAGAAUAAAAGAUUGGAUAGAGGAAAAUCUCAAAGAUGCUUUUAUCAUACAAGAAGCUGUUUCCAUCACUCAUGGAUGACCCUACCAAUCAAGAUACCUCCAAAAACCCCUCUGGACAGCAAGCUCACUAGUGAAAAUAUGACAAAGCUGGAGUGCAAAAACAAAUCAGCUCAGUUCAGUUUCAGUGGCAGCCGAAUCUUCAUCAGCAUCAACGAGAGGAUGAAGAAACUGAGUCUUUAAUACAUAUACACAUAUGACACAUGCUGUAAAACUUCAGUUUUUUUUAAUAACUUAACUGCCUCAUGCGGAUGAACAUUUUCAGCCAAAAUCCAGAAUCCUCCCAUCCAAAGAGUUGUUUAUUCAUUUGUGUUCUUAAUUCUGUAUUCAAACUGCUAAUAUUUUUUUGUUGUUUUUUUUAAAUACAUGUUUUACGUGACACCUGGCUUGCUGAGGAAAGGGAAACAGGACGCGGAAAUGUCACACGGAAGGUAGAUAUGACAGCACUUUGGGGACGAAUCAGUCGCCGCAAAAUGAAAAGAUCAGCGAGAAAGGGAGCUUGUUCGCCCACUCGUUCACUCAGCGCCCAUGGAUUUGUGUGGCGAGGAGAAGUAGCUAGCUGGCUGGGGGGUUGGGGGGUUGGUGCAGUUUGCUCACAAACUGCCAUUUAGGGAGGCUCGGGAAGAUCUGAGGGCUUUUUCUGCUCGGUUGUGGGUGGGAGUCUUUCCGGUUUGAUGCUGUUCAAGUGCCUUAAGGAUCUCCUCUUCCCUUGACUCAGUUCCGCACAUCUGUUUCUUUCACAAAGUGGACUGGUGUCCCUCACAAAAGUCUGCACUUCUUUAACAAAUCCAUGUAGAUAUGAAGAGUUUCAUUCCAGAAUAGGGUUUCCGCCACUUAAAUGUCAAAAAUGCCUCCCGGUCUUGUGGAGUGAUUGAAAGCAUUAAUCUCAGACGGGAUCUUUUACAUUGUUUUUUUAACACGAUUUUGUUGAUGUCGAUUUAUUUUCUUUGACACACUUAGCCUUUUGGGAUAGAACUCUUCAUAUAAUGACAGACGAGGCUUUAAAAGGCUUUUUUUGUUUCUUAUUUGUGUAUCUUAUGUGUAGUCUUGGACGUUUACUGAACAUAUUGUUCACAUUAUGUUGUCUUUUGAUUACAGGGGGAUGAAUAUUGUUGUAUAUUAUGUAAUUCAGUGUGGGAAUGAUGAUAUUUAUGACUGCUCUUUCAUUUUGUGUCUCGGCAAAGCAUUUAAGCAACUUGUCAAAGUUCUUUUGUGUUACUUUAGCUCAAAGGUGGAGUGCUUUUUUAAAAAAAAAAUUCUAAUCUUUGAUACCAGUAAAUUGUCUAAAUUCUGCAGAACGCUGCAGACCUUCAAGCUUUUACUUGUCAUAUAGAUUUCAGGCCAAAAGGUUGAGUGCGAACAAUAUAGUCAGACAGAAAUAUAACCAAAAGCACCCCAAGGUACUAUCCACAAGCUGACAGAAGGUUUCCAGCUAUAAUGGUUUUCUGUGACAUUUUAACUACUUGUGAAAGGUCAGAAUCUACUAAUGCACCAACGGCAUAGUAAUUGGCCUUUCCUGAUGUGAGACUGGAUGUUCAAGGUUUCUGCAGAUGGCCGCUGAGUUAUUUUCUCACUGGAAAGAAAAAUAAAAAAAGAUCCUAACUUUGAAGCACUUAAUUUUGGUUCAGCUUACAAGAUGAAAUGGUACUUAAUCACUUACAGCUCUGUUUCAGUGAAAAGACAAAAAAAGGAAAAAAAAUACGCACUUGUACAGCAACCUGAGCACUUGAAAGAAAGGUUAUAUUUUAUGCAUGACACAGCAUUACAGUGACAUUCAAAUCAAAAGAUUUAUGGUUUUCGAGAACUGAGACAGAAUUUAAUACCCGUAAAAAGAUGAAUAACUUUUGUUUCCCAAUCAGAAGUUUUCUAAAAUGUUACUCUCUGCUAUGUUUUGCCUGUCCUCUCAACUGUAACUCAUGUUAAUUAUUGCAAGACAAGAGCACAUGCCCCUGGGUCUGUGAUGUUCAGAGCUGACCAAGCGUAGAAAGAAGGGGAGAAACGGAGAGCAAUGGGAAAUUAAUGCGCGUUCAAGUCAAACACAAGCUAACGAAAUCUGACAGUUAAAAUCUAACAAGGGCAUAUUUGUUUGGAUAGCCUGGUGAAUUAUGCAAACUUCCAUUUUCUGUCCGGUCCUCCAGUCAGUCGUAAAAUUCCACGCCGUCUUCUGAGCGGUGGAAACAGUCUUUUUCUUGUCUCCAAAACUGUUUUUGUUGAUAUGAAUGUCCUGUAGUGCUCGAUAACAUGAAAACAACACCAGAAGCCCUGAGUCAUCACAAGAGGCCAAAACAUUGUUUUCAUCAAAUUGUAAAUAGCAAAAUAGUGAAAAUUUUAAUUUAUACAGUAAAUUAUUGUUAUUUUGUAUGUGAAUGGGAUAUAAUCUAUCUUUUGUAUAAGUGAAGUAUCUUUGUAGUUUUAUUUAAUGUGUCCUGGUUGCAAAAUAA